AAGGUUAACUUAAGUCUUGAGAACUUCUUCUUUUGGAUCACACAAAUCUUCCCUCCUCUAGUCCGGUUGUAGCAAAAGGCAAAUAAACACCCUCCUUACAUUCUUUCUCUUUCACCUGCAGUACUGGCUUAAAUCCUCUCCUCCCUCACUCACGACAUUUUACCUGGUUAUGUUGGUUGCAUCAAUUUUGGGGUUCAAUUGAACUUGUUUGAAUUUAAGUGUAAUGGAGGAUUCUGAGAGUGAUAGUUUGACAUUGAAUAUGGAUCUCCCUGAUGACUGUGUUAAUGUGAAGUAUAAUGUAAUUGAUGAUUCUCAAACUGAUAAUUCCACUACUAUAAUGGAUCUUCCUGAUGAUUGCCUUGUUUUCAUCUUCAAAUGGCUUAGUGAUGAACGUGACCGAGAAGUGUUUGGACUAACCUGCACUAGGUGGCUAGACAUUCAGAAUCGAAAUCAAAAGUCCUUACAGUUUGAUUGCUCACUUACCUACACUAGGCAGCUCUCAAGAACCCCGCGUAAGAUUGAUACACAUGACCUUCAUAGGGCAUUGUCUUGUUUCCAAUACCUACGUUCACUGUCCUUAUCUGGAUGUACUGAGCUACCAGAUUCUGGUCUUAAGCUUUUACAAUGCUUUGGUUCGAGUUUACGAGCCCUUCAUUUGGAUUGUUGUUUUGAGAUCACAGAUAAUGGUCUUUCAUUCGUAGCAAGUGGGUGCCCCUUCUUGAUAUAUAUUAGUCUCUACCGUUGCAAUAUCACUGAUGUGGGUUUGGAAAUCUUGGCUAAGUCUUGUUUGGGUUUGGAAGAUGUUAAUCUUAUGUAUUGUUUGGGAAUUACUGAUCAUGGCAUCAAUGGUCUUGUUCAGAAUUGUGCUUAUCUUUAUGGCAUCAGAAUCAGCAACUGUAGGGGCAUGAAGGGUGUCGGAUUUCAUGGGUGUUCUCAAACUCUAGCUUAUUUGGAAGCUGAAUCUUGUAAGCUUGAGCCAGAAGGAAUAGCAAGUAUGGUGAGUGGGGGUGGUCUCGAGUAUCUAAAUAUUUCAAAUCUUAGCUGGUCGAUUCGUGGAGAUGGAUUAUCAGCAAUUGGGGGAGGGUUUGCAAAAAUGCUUCGGGUUUUGAAUAUGAGAUUGUGUAGGAUAGUAAGGGAUGAGGAUGUUGCACUGAUUGCAAAGGGCUGUCCAUCUCUGGUGGAGUGGAAUUUAGCAUUGUGCCAUGAGAUUAGAGUUGCUGGGUGGGAGUCAAUUGCCUUGAAUUGUCAUAAUUUGGAAAGACUGCAUGUAAAUCGAUGUCGAAAUCUAUGUGAUCGUGGAUUGGAGGCUUUGAAGAAUGGUUGCAAGAAACUCACUGUUUUGUAAAUGAAUGGGUGUCCUCAAAUUAGUACACUUGCAAUUGAAUUAUUUAGGCUGUCAAGAGGUGAUUCUAUCAAAGAAGAAGAAAUAUUAACAAUUGGUCCGAAAUGGCAAUUUUGGUGGCACCAAAGAAUUUUCAUGGAGUAAUUUUAUGCAACCCUGCUAACUGUAUUUAAUCCUGGCUUCAAACUUUGAAGAAUUUGUAUCAGUUUUGGCAAUUGUUAUACACUUGUAUGAUAAGUGAAUACGUCUCUACAUACAAAGUUACAUACAUACUUUCAUUCAUACAUUAAUUUUCCUUGAUUUGAUUAAUUUGAGGUCGUGUCAAUUACUAACAAUUGGGACAAUUAUCUCUUACAGUCUCACUACAUCUCAAUAUUUCAUUAUUACACGUUCACAUUUGGCCUUGCAACAAGUGUGUACAUUGCGUAAAUGUCAACUAGCUUGAUUAGUGAAGUCAUGUGGUGGUGUUAUCCAUGACCAAGUAUCAAAUCUCGUCCCUAACACCUCCCUUAUGGAUCCUUUACAUCCCAAGAUAAUAGGCAUGUGAAUUACUGAAUUGUAUUAUAGACU